UCUGUGAUUAUCUGGAAUUUCAAUAAUUAAUGUACUAUAGAAAUACUAAACCAUUGUAAUUAUUAACCAAUUAUUUGCUCAGUGACCAAACCCUAUUUAAUUCUGAUUGUGUACAAUAUCAAUAAAAUAUAGGUUCAAACAUUAAUCAAAAGUUUAAUGUUUACUAUUGUAUAGGCAUUGAUAUUUUUAUUUGCAAACUAUUUGAUAUCUUCAAAUGGCUGGUGAAGAAGAGGAUAAUACAUGGUUAAUUGAAUUGGAAUCUGCUCUUUUGGAUGGUUGUACUGCACAAGAUAUAAAUGGACUUACAAAAGGGAAGAAAAUUCCAGAGAGUUUGCGUCCAGAUGUUUGGCUUCUUUGUCUAAAUUGUCAAGAUGCAAGUAAUCAGAUGUUAACAUUUGAUGAAAUUUUUGAUUUGACUAAUCAAAAUGUACUUCGAGAUGAUGUAAAGAAAUUUGUAAAAGGAUUGGACAAUGAUGAAGAUGAAAAGUUAUCUGUGAUCUCAGAUAUUGAGUCAAUAAUCACAUUUUAUUGUAAAUCUAAAGGUAUCAAUUAUAAUUCAAAUAAUGGUUGGAUUGAAAUUUUAUUGCCAUUGUUAAGUUUGAAAUUACCAAAGUCAGAUACAUAUAAUUUAUUUGAAAGUAUUAUUCAGUUAUACAUUCCAAGAGGAUGCACCAAAAAUGGUGUACCAUUUCACAUACUGAGACUGGUACUUCAAUAUCAUGAUCCUGAACUGUGUUCAUUUUUGGAUACUAAACGAAUAACUCCUGAGCAGUACUGCCUACCAUGGUUGAGAUCUCUUUUUGCAGGCACAUGCAAUUUAGAAGUUGUCCUUUUUAUGUGGGACUUAUAUUUCCAAAGGUCAGAUCCAUUUUUCAUAUUUUUCCUUUGCCUUAUUAUGAUAAUAAAUACCAGAGAACAAUUACUACAAAUGAAAAAUGAUGAUAAGUCAACUAUAAUUGAAACUCUUAGCAAAAUGCCUGCCGACUUAGAAGCAAAUGAUGUAUCAGAUUUUUGUUCACUUGCACAUUAUUAUUCUCUGAAAACACCUGUUUCUUUUAGAGAAGAUGUAUUAGAAGUAUUAUUUUCUGAAAGUGGCUUAGAAAUUAAUUCAAAACUUUAUUCACAAGCUUUGUGUCUUCCUGUUGCUGUACAUGAAUUGAUUGAAAGUGCUACAGUAGAUGCCACAGAUGUAGAUAGUGUUAAAUUCUUUUUGGUAGAUUGUAGACCAGCAGAGCAAUAUAAUUCUGGACAUUUGUCGACUGCAUUCCAUUUAGACUGUAAUUUAAUGUUACAAGAACCUAAUGCAUUUAAUACAGCAGUUCAAGGUUUAUUGAAUGCUCAGCGCCAAGCACUAGCUGCAGGCUCCCUUGCUGCUGGUGAACAUUUGUGUUUUGUUGGUUCUGGCAGAACUGAAGAAGAUAGUUAUGCUCACAUGGUUGUUGCCUCAUUCUUAAAACGAAAUACCAAACAUGUUUCUAUUCUUGAUGGAGGAUUUGUAGCUAUACAUGAUUAUUUUGGUCCACAUAUGACUGAUUGUUUAGAAGAACAUAGUCCUUCCACUUGCUUGGUAUGUGCUCCAAACAAUAACAAUAGUAGCUCUGAAUUACGUCAGACUAUAGUUCGAGAUAACAUACCUGCCAUCCAACUAUUCAGUAAGUUAUCCUCAGCAAUGAAAGCUAAAAGUCAAGAAGUCAAGGGGAAACUUAUUGAGUACAUUGUGAAUCCAAAUUCAACAGUAAAUAAUAGUGAAUGGCAUGUUUCUGCAAAUGAUAAAAAAGAACAAAGGUAUAGAAAUGUCCCACCAGUAUUUAGCAUUAAUGAUGAAGAUGAUGAUUCCCGGUCAGAAAUUAGACGUGAUGGUACCGACAUGGAUUCACUGGAAGAAAUUGUGGACAUAAAUUCGUUUUUGAAAGAGCACAAAGUUAUUGAUAAAUUUCCAUGUCAAGAAGUUCUAGUAAAUGGUUAUAUGCAUGAUUCCUUUCUAAUAGUCACAGAAACACAUUUGGUUGUAUUGCGAGAUAUUCCAAAUAAAAAGGGUAUUGCCCAAGUAAUGUCCAGAAGACCAUUAUCAACAAUAGUCAAGAUUACAGCUAAAAAGAGACAUCCAGAAUUAAUAACUUUCAAAUAUGGUCUACCAGAUGGUGAUAAUUUGUUAAUAAAGGAUAUGGAUAGAUUCCUUAUUCCUAAUGCUUCCAUUGCCACUAAAGUAGUUUCUCAUCAAAUUGUUCAGCAGCUUGAUAACAAAGUACUGUAAAUUAAACUUAAUGCUUGUGAGUAUGAUUAAUUGUAAAUCACAGCUAUGUAGGAGACAUUGCUUUUACACUUGCAAACUUUCAUGUUUCUGCAGUCUAAUGACUACUUACUUCUUUGACAGUAAAUUACACUUUUAUUUAAUAAUACCGUAUUAAUAUAUGCAGUAUAGCACAGCUGAUUAUUGAAGAAUUGGUAUAGGUAAUAUAAAAAAAUAGCUCCACAAUAACAUUAAAAGGCAGCAAUUCAUCUGUGAUUUACCUUUUGUUAAGCAAUUAAAUUAAUUUUCAAGUUUUUCAUUAUGACUCAUUGUUGGUUGUAAGCUAUGAUCGAUUAUAAUAUUGAGCUGAUUAUAGCCAAUCACAUAUCGGUAUUUUUUGUUACACCAUUUGCCAGUUUAUUUAUUCAGGUUAAACCUCUAAUUUAUUUCUGAAAAGAAAAACAGUGCAAAAUAAUGCUGGUGAUUUGCUGUGACUACACAAAUUUAUGGAUCAUAGCUGUGAAAUGUUAUAUAUCCCCAUUCUAUAUUUCUUAAACUCCACAGCGUUAAGAAAAUAAGAUGUAAAUGGAAAUCUUCUUUGUAAUCGAAAAUCUAAAAUAGAAAUUAGUAUUAUUGUUAUUGUGAAAAUUAUUUUUUGAAAUUUAUUAGAUUACCAUACAUUGGUUUAUUUUUAGAUAUGACUGUGUUAAUUAUUAAUUUAUGUAUAGGUUUAUUAAUUUCGAGAUGUACUGAAAAAAAUGGUUUAUAUUUAUAUAAUUAUCAUUAUUAUUUUAAAACUUAAGUUAUAUAACAAAUAGUGGAUUGAUUUUUUUUAAACUAAAAUGAAACAUUCUUUUGCAGUAUAAUAAUUUCUGCUAUUUUUUGUAUACAUACUUCAUACAAUUCCAUGCAAAUCGUAUUUUAAUCAAUCUUUAAAAACAGGUAUUCUCCUAUGGUAUUUUUUUUAUUGUAUAAUUAGAUUCAGUUUAGUUUAUUUUGAAAAUGUGGAGUUGAACAACUCGACUAUAACUUUAUUAUUUAGUCAGAACACAAAUACUCGCGUCAGUAUAAAAAUUUAUACCCCAUUUUGAGUAAUACAUUUUUUGUAACUUCUAUUCAAACUAAAAAACGCAGAGCCGAAAUAACGACAUAAAGUCGAUGAUUAUUCAAAUUAAUAACUUACUCGAAUGAGAGGAUAAACAUUUCAGUAGAUGUUACUACUGUUAGAGAUUUUAUUGAAUAAUGGGUUAAAGAUUGUAUGU